CAACGUCCGUAUUCAUAUGGUGAUAAGCGCAGUUGAGAGGAGUUAGCAAAGAAUCAGGGAAAUUGAGAAGAUGGCGCAACCAGGAUACCAAAAUCCACAAGGAGGAUACCCACCACCUCAGGCUGGUUACCCUCCUCCACAAGCCGGGUAUCCCCCACCACAGGCCGGUUAUCCUCCGCCAGGAGUGGUUGCUCAACAGCCAGGAGCCCCACCUCAAGGGCAAUGGAUGGCAAUACCACAGGCCCCAAUUGGGUGUCCUCCUGGUCUUGAAUAUCUCACACAGAUAGAUCAGUUACUUGUGAAGCAAAAAGUUGAACUACUUGAAGCAUUUACUGGAUUUGAAACCAAUAACAAGUACAAGAUUCAAAAUUCAAUGGGGCAGCAAGUAUAUUUUGCUGCAGAAGAUACAGAUUGUUGUACAAGAAUUUGCUGUGGAUCAGCCCGUGCCUUUGAAAUGAAAAUUCUUGAUAACUCUCAAAGAGAAGUGAUUCAUUUACACAGACCAUUUCGCUGCACUGGAUGUUGUUUUCCAUGCUUCCUGCAAGAGCUUGAAGUUACCAGCCCGCCAGGAACUCCAGUUGGUUAUGUUGUGCAAAAAUGGUCUCUGUGUGUCCCAAAAUUUGAAAUUCAAGAUGCUAGCAGAAAUCCAGUUUUGCUGAUUGAAGGCCCAAUCUGCACUAUCAAUAUGUGUGGGGAUAUUGAAUUUCAGGUUACAGCCCUUGAUGGGACAACAAAUGUUGGAAAGAUUUCUAAGCAAUGGAGUGGUUUGGCGAAAGAAAUGUUCACUGAUGCAGACAACUUUGGUAUCACAUUUCCAAUGGACUUGGAUGUAAAGAUGAAGGCGGUCAUGCUUGGUGCCUGCUUUUUGAUUGACUUCAUGUUCUUCGAGAAGAGUGGGAACGAUGACAACCAGUUGACAAUCAACGGUUAACUGCCUUCUAAGACUAAAUCAAACAUUCACUCUUCGUUCUGCAUAACCAUUGUUUUGCUUUGUUUUCAUAAUUUCAUAAUGCAUAAUAUAUUCGCAAAAUCAUUAUUUGUUAACGCUUUAUCUUGAUUGGUUGUUUUUGAUUAAAAAAUUGUUAUACGGUCCUUUUAGUCAGCGUUGGGAAUAUGGUAAUCAUGAUUUAUAAAAUUUUGGAAUGAUGAUGCGUUUUAAAGAAAGCAAUGAUUUUGUAAAAGCAUGACAAGUAUGCUUUGUCAAGUUAGAAAAGUUCGGCUUGGUGACUUUACCCACAAAAGCAAAUUUUAUUUUAUUUUUUUUGCAAGAUGUUGAUUAAGAUAUCUAUAGAUAACGUAUUUGGCUAAACCCAAAUGCAUGGUAAGCAUAAUUUAUAAUGAUUCCACUUCUAAUUGGCAUUUACGUUUCAAGAAAGGUAUAGUCGUAAAAAUAUGCUAAGGAAGACACAAGGACAGAAAAGGACGAAUAGAAAUUUACACUAGUCCGUAGCACUAAGACCCGAAAAAGAAAAAUUGAACAUUGUCUAGCGAAUGUAGCUGUCCCUUACGGGCAAACAAUGUUCAUAGCUGUACGGUAGACUAAAUAUAGUCAUUAUAUUCCAUUCUAUUUGUAUCCUUGCACCAAUUUGCUUUUAACGUCAUUUUGCAUUUUUAAAUAUCGUUUAUUUUCGCCAUUUAUCGUACUAUGCAUGAUUGUAAAUUUAAUAGUUACUAUAUUUUCUAAUCAAUUAUGACGUUUAAAAACUUGUAAAGCUAAGUCAAUAAA